AUGGAGCCACGAGACACACUCAUCUUCUUCGUCAACGGUAGGAAGGUCAAAGUGGAAAGUCCAAGUCCGGAGACAACCUUGUUACAAUAUCUCCGCAAGUCCUUAUAUCUUACGGGGACGAAAUCAGCAUGUGGUCAGGGUGCCUGCGGUGCGUGCACCAUCAUGAUCUCCUCAUACGACGUCACCAAUAAAGCGAUAACACAUGUAUCUGCAAACGCCUGCCUGGUGCCGUUGUGUUACCUUCACGGACGAGCAGUCACUACCGUGGAGGGCGUAGGCAGCUCCCGGACCGGAAUGCAUGCAAUACAGAAAGGUAUAAUGGAAUCACAAGGUUUCCAGUGUGGGUUCUGCACUCCCGGAAUGGUAAUGACAAUGUACACACUGUUAAGAAACAACCCUAAUGCAACACAAGAAGAGAUGGAGAGAGUUCUUGAGGGAAACUUGUGUCGAUGUACCGGGUACCGCCCUAUAGUUGAUGCAUUCAACGAGGCCAUAAAGAACUGUCCUUGUGUACUAGACCUGUGUCAACAAACGACAGAGACUUCAAGAAGCAAUGUUGAAUCUACAAACCAGAAAGUGCCCCCCUCUCAAGAUGUCAUAUUUCCGCCGGAAUUACAGCUGACAGAAUCUUACCACACAAAGAAUGUUGUCUUCAGUGGAGACCGCUAUUCCUGGUACCGCCCCACAUCCCUGUCGGAAAUACUGCGACUGAAAGAAGAACAUCCAGACGCUCCUGUGGUCAUGGGGUGUAAUAGUAUUGGGAAUCUGCUGCGGAAGGGGAAACUGACAUCUCAUGUGAUUAUUUGUGGAACUAAUGUUCGGGAGUUAGUUGUUGUUGAGACGACUACGUCUGGGAUUCGAGUCGGAGCCGGGGUUACUAUGGCUUCAUUAGAACGCUCAUUCAAGGAAUUAUUGGGCAAAAGCAAAGAUCCUUUAAACAGAAGUAUGAAAGCAGCCUUGGACGUUCUACAAUGGAUAGGUGUGGACCAAAUUCGGAACACAGCGACAAUUGGAGGUCACGUGAUGAGUCAUGCACCCAAUCUAGACCUGCAGGUGUUCCUAUUGGCUGCAAGAGCGGAGCUGAACUUCUUAUCACAAGGAAAGGGAGUGCGUCAAUGUAAAAUGGAUGGAGACUUUAUUAACAAUGGAUAUAGACUAGUUGAUGGAAACGAAAUUCUUGUCGCCAUCACUAUACCGUAUACAAGCGAGAACGAGUUUAUAGUUGGCAUGAAGCAGUCUCACCGUCGCGGGUUCGACUAUGGUAUAGUUACAUGUGGACUGUUUGUAGAACUGGACACUUCUCGAGAAGAUGUUCGGGGGAUGCGACUGGCUUUCGGUGGCGUUGACAAGAAACCUGUUUUGGCACUCUCAACCGCUGCAAGUUCUAUUGGAAAAACGUGGUCUGAAGAGUUAGUCACAGCGGUGUGUGGUAACCUGAUAAUGGAGCUAAACAACAGUCAUCACGAUAACUCCAACUUCAGGCUUACUCUUGCAUGCAGCUUUUUCUUCAAAUUUUUCCUGUUUGUUCAAGACCAAUUGAAGAAUGUUAAUUCGUCCAGCCAGUAUAGUGUGACAGGGCUACCCUUAACAACUGUUUCCGGUACACAAGUUUACGACGUCCCAAGCGAUGGCGGCAACAGGAUUGUAUGGAAACCUGUGCCUAACGUUUCCUCCGAAUACCUUGCGUCUGGAGAAGCACAGUUUGUGGACGACAUACCUACAUUUCAAAGUGAACUCUGUGCUGUUCCUGUCAUCAGUAAGCAAGCACAUGCUCGGAUCACAUCUGUUGACCCGACGCAUGCGCUUGAACUCCCUGGUGUGGUGGACUAUAUCAAUUACUCUGACGUACCUGGUAACAACAGAUUCAAGGAAGCAUUGUCAGACGGCACACUGUUUGCCGAAGAUGAAGUGUUCUGUUGCGGCCAGGUGAUCGGUGCAGUCUUAGCCGAGAACCAAACUGUGGCUGAGAAGGCGGCUAAACUGGUUAUCAUUACGUACGAAAAGAUGGAUACAACAUUUACCAUUGAGGAGGCAAUUGAGAAGAAUGAAAUGUUUGAUGGAGCACAUGAGAUUGAUGUCGGUGAUCUAGAGAGUAUCCGAGGGACAGCCAGUCAAUGUGUAGAAGGCACAUGUUCUACAGGUGUACAGGAACACAUGUACUUAGAAACUCAGUCCGCGCUUGCAGUACCAAAGCUGGAGCAACACGAACUGGAAGUAUUCACAUCCACACAGAUUUUAACGAUAACACAGCAAAUACUUUCUCAGUUCCUGAGAAUACCUCGGAACAGAUUAACAGUGAAGGUGAAACGGGUCGGUGGAGGAUUUGGUGGAAAACAGAUGGACGCUGUGCCUGUAGCCGGAAUAGCAGCUGUCGGAGCCUGGAAGACGAAACGACCAGUACGAUGUAUCUGGGACAGGGAAACAGAUAUGAAGAUAACGGGGAAGAGACAUCCUUCGAAAACGGUGUACAUGGUAUACUUUAAUGACGACGGCAAAAUUCUGGGGUUGGACUUGAAGUUUUACAUCAACGCAGGAUACACUCGGGAUUGCAGCUCUUGUGUAUUGAAAGUUGGCAUGUGGUACCUAAACGGCUGCUACAACAUACAAAACAUUAAGUGUCAAGGAUACAAAUGUAAAACCAAUCUACCUUCAAAUACGGCCUUCCGAGGCUUCGGAGCACCACAGGUGAUGUUUGCUGUAGAGUCCAUAUUGCAACAUGUCGCUACACAACUCAAAAUGUCACAUGAACAGGUGCGGCAGAUAAAUAUCGUAAGACAAGGUGAUGUUACCGCCUCACGACAGAUCGUGCCAGAUGACAACAUGUUCCGUUGCUGGACAGAAUGUCGAACCGACAGCCAAUAUGACCAGCGGCGACAUGAAAUAGUGACAUUUAAUAGUACUAACCGAUGGAGAAAGCGAGGUAUCGCUAUAAUACCUAUCAUGUUUGGUAUUGGGUACGCCCCCCUUGUCGCAAACCAGGCGGGAGCAUUAGUAUUGGUAUACCUUGACGGGUCCGUCUUACUGACCCAUGGUGGCGUGGAAAUGGGUCAGGGUAUUCACACCAAAAUGAUUCAGGUCGCCUCUACUGAGCUGGACAUACCACUGGAAAAGAUCAUCAUCAGUGAAGUCAGCACAGCAACUGUCCCCAACACAACGGAGUCCGGGGGUUCACAGGUGGCCGACCUUAACGCCGGGGCCGUCAGGAACGCAUGUAUUAAAAUCCGAGACCGCCUGGAACCGUUCAGGAAAGUCAAACCAGAAGGUACUUGGGAAGAUUGGGUAAAUGCAGCCUAUAAUGAGCGUGUUAGUCUCGCAGCUACGGGUAUUUUCAAGUCCAGAGAAGAAGGUUUUGAUUUUGAUACCAACACUGGGGUACACGCUAACUACUAUACUUACGGUACAGCCUGUACUGAGGUCGAGAUUGACUGUCUCACUGGCGAGCACCAGGUGCGACGUGUAGACAUUGUAAUGGACGUCGGAAAGAGUCUUAAUCCUGCCAUAGAUGUAGGCCAGAUCGAAGGAGGAUUCGUCAUGGGUUACGGGUUGAUGACUAUGGAAGAGAUACAACUUACAGCAGACGGUCGAAUGAAAGCGUCUGGGCCACUGGAGUACAAAAUACCAUGUGUGAGAAAUAUUCCACGAGAGUUCAAUAUCAAACUUCUCCAGAAUAGUGGAACUGUCAAAACUGUAUAUUCAUCAAAGGGAGUAGGCGAACCACCUCUUCUGCUUGCAUCGUCAGUUUUCUUUGCGCUUAAGGAGGCAGUACUUGCGGCGCGCGCGGACGUCGGGUUGACAGACGACUACCCAUUGAAGUGUCCGGCAACCACAGAAAGGAUCCGAAUGGCCUGUCAAGACAAGAUUAUAGACAGAUGCCAGCAAGUCGAAAUGAAAGCCAGCAGCAAUCCUCUUGUAACUAUUUGA